CAAUUUCGAUAUGUGUACCUGGAUUUUCAGGCACCAGAGUCUUCGCCCCUGCAUUUUUAUGUCUUUCAUUUAGUGCUUGGAUUUGUGCCAUUAUUGAGUCUCUAGGGGAGCAUAGGGUAGAGCUAGUCCCUAUUCUGCAUGUCGAUGGGUGGGACUCUUAUCUUUCAACCCCGCAUUUGUCCCGGUGAUCACGGGAUACAACGUGACUGAUAGACGAGAUCAAAUAACUAGUGUGGGGGGGUAAAGAUGGUGCGGGGGCUUGACUUGACUCCCCGAUACCACGACCCCAUAUCUGCAUGCAACGGUAUGAAGGGACAUUGUUGAUCCUUGAUGUUACCCCUUGAUUCGGUUCCAUAAAUAGCCAACAGAGCCCCUGGUUCAGGGAUCCGACUCACAUACGCAGAGCACACCACGAAUCUGAUACAUUAUUUCCUCAAUCUACACUGUAUAACCAGAUCCCAGCCUCCGACAUCGCAGCACCGACCAACAUGUAUUCCCCUACAGUCGGUACCCGGGUCGAGGACCUCGAUACGCCAUCCAUGAUCGUGGAUCUAGACCUCGCCGAAGCCAACCUCAAGAAGCUCAUGGACCAGCUUCUUCCCACCGGACUGAACAUUCGCCCUCAUCUGAAAACAAGCAAGAGCGCCAUCGUGGCCAAGAAGAUGGUCCAGGCGGGCGCAAAAGGAGGCUGCGUCGCGAAAGUGAGCGAAGCUGAAGCCAUUGCCGCGGCCGGGUUUGAUGAUCUCCUGAUUACCUGCGAGAUAGUCGGUGCGGCGAAAGUGAAGAGGCUGGUGGAGUUGUUUCGCAAGCACCGAUCCAUCCGCAUCGUUGUGGAUAGUGAAGUCGGUGCGACCGCUAUCAACGACGCCUUGGCCAGCUCGGGCAUCGACGAUCCCAUCACUGUUCUAAUCGAUCUAGACGUAGGGCUACACCGAACGGGCGUGAAGCCUGGAGACGCAGCUCUGGCCCUGGCGCGACAUGUGAGCGGUCUGAAGCAUUUGAAGCUGAUCGGUGUGCAAGGUUAUGAGGGCCAUCUGCAGCAUCUGCACGAUAAGGAAGAUCGGAAAACGCAAUGUCUCGAAUCGAUGGCUAUUUUGACCGGCACUGCGGAUGUGCUGCGCAACGCAGGCCAUCACAUCGAAGUCGUCACUACCGGUGGAACAGGCACGGCUGAGUUCUGCGCCACCGUACCGGGCGUGACGGAGUUACAGCCAGGGUCGUUCAUCUUCAUGGAUACGGAUUACCGAAACGCCGUGGGAAGCUUUUACUCGAACAGUCUGACCAUUCUCUCAACCGUUGUCAGCAAGCAGGGACCACGGGCUGUGACAAUUGAUACCGGGCUGAAGUCGUUGACAACAGAUAGCGGGCUGGCGGAGUGCAAGGAUUCUCGGUACGAGUAUGGGGUUUUGGGCGAUGAGCAUGGCUCUCUGACAUGGGAGGUUGGCACGCCGGAUCUUUCGGUGGGAGAUCGUGUGGAAAUGGUCCCAAGCCAUAUUGAUCCGACGGUGAAUCUGCAUGACUUCUAUUAUGCCCAUCGCGGUGGCGUUGUUAAGGAGAUUUGGCCGGUCGAUUCCAGAGGGAAGGUUCAAUAGUGCGCUUGCACAUCCUUGGGCUUGACACUCCAUAUCACCAUAUCAAAGGAAGCUGAAGAUUACCUGGGCCGCCAAUUAGGAAAUCCUACACAUGAACAAGUCACAGACUGCCUCAGGCAUGUCGAUUC